GCUCAGUUACUCAUUCAAUCCAGCCCUGUCCAGCUCCUACCGAGCGCAGAGGUUCCUCCAGUUUAAUUUGCCUCUCUUACCCUCAGAGCGGCUUGAGCAACCCCGCCUCGUCUGAUCUCAGUGACCUGGUCUACAUUGACUUCGCCGACGCCGACUGCUACGUACUUCACGCUUCAAACCCCGACGCCAUUAUACGACAUGCCUUCACCACAUAUCAUUGAUGACCCCGAGAAAGGGACUAUGGAGCAAGUAGAGCAAUCAGCACCGGUCGCUCUACCUACUCCGAGAACGAAUGUAUCACGCGAUGCCCAGGUUGUCGACCUCACCCGCAAAGUACAAGACCCUGAGAAGAAGCCAGCCGAUCUUUCAAUAGUCCCAUUAGUCCAAACAUCCAAGCCUGCUGCUGUGAAGAAGCCUCGAAAAGUCAGCAGGUGGAUACGCUUUCAACUUUGGUUCAACACUUACCGAAAAUUCUACUCUAUCGUCGUGGCUGUAAACGGUGUUGGUCUUCUUCUUGCUGCUCUGAACAUUUGGACAUAUCCUCGGCAUUACACGGGUGCUUUUGUCCUCGGCAAUUUACUAUUCGCCAUCCUUAUGCGCAACGAACUCUUUGGACGUGUACUUUACCUCUUUGUCAACACAUGUUUUGCUAAGUGGACGCCUCUCUGGUAUCGUCUGGGAUGGACGUCUGCUUUGCAGCAUCUAGGCGGAAUCCAUUCUGGCUGCGCGACUUCAGGCUUCGCCUGGCUCAUCUUCCGUGUUACUUUAAUCUUCAUCGACCACAAGGACAACCACGAUGCUGUCCUUAUUAUGGGCGUUAUCACCAAUCUCGCCGUCGCCAUCAGUAUCUUGAGUGCCUUUCCUUGGGUGCGCAACACGCACCAUAACGUCUUCGAACGGCAUCAUCGCUUCAUUGGAUGGCUUGGCCUUCUCUCAACAUGGGUGUUCGUGGUCCUCGGUGACAGUUACGACCUCGACACACACUCUUGGAACCCCAAUGGUAUCAGGGUCAUCCGUCAGCAAGACUUUUGGUUCGCAUUUGGAAUGACUGUCUUUAUUCUCAUCCCGUGGUUCACUGUUCGUGAGGUCAAAGUGGACAUUGAAGUUCCUUCGCCAAAGGUUGCGAUUGUGCGUUUCGAGCGAGGAAUGCAACAAGGGCUACUUGCCCGUAUUUCUCGGUCGUCGAUCAUGGAAUACCAUGCCUUCGGUAUCAUCUCCGAGGGAACUCAUGCGAAAUACCACUACCUAAUCUGUGGUGUGCAGGGCGACUUCACACGCAGUCUCGUCAAUGACCCGCCAACUCAUCUUUGGACGCGUCAGUUGAAGUUUGCCGGCGUCUCGAACACUUCGACCCUGUACAAGAGAGGUAUUCGUGUUUGCACAGGCACAGGGUUAGGCGCAGCGCUCUCUACGUGUCUCCAGAGCCCUGAUUGGUAUCUCAUUUGGAUCGGCUCGGACCAGGAAAAGACAUUCGGACCAACCAUUUCCGGUCUCAUUCAACGACAUCUUGGACCAGAACGUGUGUGUCUUUGGGAUUCUAAGGCGCGCGGUGGCAGGCCAGAUGUCAUGAAGCUCGUAAAAGAGGCUUAUGCGACUUGGCAAGCUGAGGUUGUCUUCAUCACGUCAAAUUACCAAGGUAACAAGGAAAUCAUGGAGGGAUGCAAGGAGGCAGGGAUUCCAGCAUUCGGCACGCUAUGGGAUUUCUGAACACAAUCAUUGUUAUGGGUGGGGACACAAACUGAUAGAACUUGUUGUCAACAUUGGUCCGUUAUUACUUACUUUUAGCAAUUUAUUACUACUACUAUCGCAUAUAUCUUAUUCACAAAUGGCUUUCGGACGUUGUUCUCAGCUUUCCGUUAUAUUAUGGGCAGCUUGCCUUUUGUACUUCGCUUGCUUUGACACAGCGUAGCCAAGUAAUGAAAUAGCAUUUUUUUUCAAAGGGGAUGCAUCGAGGUUUCGUGCUUGCUGUUAUUUCGAUGCCUCAUUGGUGUAUGUCUGUAACUUUUAUCAAGUGCAAUUCAUCUCAGAAUAGUUUGAUCAAGUCGAAGUAGUUCUACAGUUGUAAUGUCGUUAUCGAACAUGGAUACAAUUCCUUUUCGAGCUCCCU